UGAUGUUUUACAAACGUAAAAAAUUGAAAUGAUAAAAAUGGAGUUUUAUUUUAAGAUAAUAAACUUCUCCAAGAGGACAAUUAUAUAUUUACUGCAUUCAGAAAUUGUUCCGUUUUAUGAGAAAGAAAUAAAUUGAUAUAGUUGGUCAAAAACAUGUCGGCGAAGACCAACUUCAAGCAACAGAAUUCUAAACCAAAAACUGCUGGAAAACGAAAAUCGCAAAAAAAUGCGUCAGGUGCAGAUUCAAAUUCGUCCACACCAAGGGGAACACCUGUACAAAUAGACUUGUCUACCGAUUCAGCAGGACCGACACCUUCCAAUGAUAGUUCUACAACCCGAUCAGCGGUCCCGACACCAUCAAAUUUGUGUGUUAUAAAUGAGGGAAAGCCUAUGCUCGGCGAUGAAAAUCACUUGGAGAUCCCGGAUGAUACUAAUGAAGGAUAUCUUUCGAGGCUAUCCAUAGAAAGCUUUGAUGAUCACGAGGGAAUACUCUCAAAUAAACAUAGUGCAAGGGAUGAUUCUAGUAGGAAUCCGAGUAUUACUCCGACAGGAGGAAAAAAGAGUUCUAAACAUGUUAAAUUUAGCUUGAACACGGAUGCUUGGAGUUCCACUACUUUAUCAUCAACAGCGCCUACAGAAAACUCAGGAGAUGAUCUGGAUGAUCACAUCAACGUUGUUCUUAGAGUUAGACCUGCAAAUGGCCAGGAGAGGGACAGAAAAGAUCAGUUAGUGACAAAAUUCCAUGGAGAGGGCAGAGUGGAGGUUGAUCAUGUGUCGGUGAACCGAUCGUUUGUUUACAAUGUUGUAUUUGAACCAGAAGCUUUGCAGGAAGAUGUGUUUGAUCACUCAGGGGUGAAAAAGUUAAUUGAUAUGUCAAUCAAUGGGUAUGCAUGUACAGCCUUUGCCUUUGGACAAACAGGAUCUGGUAAAACUCACACAAUGACUGGUCCCCCACAACAGAAAGAUGGGAAAAUAUAUAUACCGCUUCCAGCUACAGAAAAUGGAGAAGAGUUUGAAGGUGGCAACCAUCCAGAAUCAGACAUGCAAGGGGUCAUCCAGAGGUCAUUCAGAUACCUGGUACAACAAUUAGGACAGGUCACAGGAAAUAAAACAAUUAAAGCUUCUUAUCUGGAAAUAUACAAUGAACAGGUGAUAGAUUUGUUGAACACCAACCACAGAAGGUACCUGAAUGUCCGAUGGUCCAAAAAUAAAGGUUUCUAUGUGGAGAAUCUGUUUAUCGUAGAAUGUGAGACUGUGGAUGAUCUCAUGGCUGUUUUAGAAGAAGGUAUGAGAAAUCGACAAACUGGUUCACAUGGUCUGAACGAAUUUUCUAGUCGUAGUCAUAGUAUGUUAACGCUUACAGUGGACACAGAGCAGGUCGAUCCAGAUGAUGAAAAUUUAUACCUGACGAAACGGGGAAAAUUAACUUUUGUAGAUCUGGCUGGUAGUGAAAAAGUGAAAGAUUCUGGUUCUAGUGCUGAGAUGUUGAUAGAAUCCAAUAACAUUAACAGGAGUUUACUGGUUCUAGGUAACUGUAUAUCUUCCUUAGGAGAUCCAAAGAAACGUCAAGGUCAUAUACCAUACAGAGACAGCAAACUAACAAAACUUCUGGCAGAUAGUUUAGGGGGAAAUGGUGUUACAUUGAUGAUUGCAUGUGUGACGCCGUCUGCUUACCAUGUACACGAAACAACAAACACACUUCGAUACGCUAGCAGAGCUAAGAGAAUUAAAAGUAAACCAGCUAUCAAAAUGGACCCUAGAGAAAAAUUAAUAUUGAGUUUAAAAAGAGAAAUUAAAAUUUUACGGAAUGAAAAUCAUUAUUUACGAGAACAAUUAGAAUUUCCUGCCAAACCCAAAGGUGACUUACAAAAGAAUAAUGAUGAAAAAUUCAUGAAGAUGGUGAAAGAUAUGCAGUCUAAAGCUAGUCCUGGCGACAAAGAUCUGUAUGCCAUGUUACAAGAAUAUAUGAUAGAAAAUGAAGCAUUAAGAAAUGAGAAUUCUGAGUUACACAGAAACAAAGAUCAGCUUCACAGAGAUCAUCAGUCCUUGUCCAAACAUAACGAGAGACUUCAAGUAGAUAUUGAAAAAUUGCAAAGAAUGGACAAGGUUCGGCACAACAAUGGUGAAUCCUAUAGAUCUCCUCAGAACAGCAGUAAACCUCCUUACAACCCUCCUCCACAACGUCUUCCGCCCAAUAAUCAGAAUCAAGGUUAUGUGAGUCCUACUGCAGGACGAGGGAAACCUCCUCCUAGUCAUGGACAACCUAAACGACCACCUCAUCGUCUGUCAGAGCCAUUGAUGAGACCAGCACAACUACCUCCAGAACAUUUACAGAAUGGCUAUGUAGAAGAAGGUUACAUGUCUCCUAGGGGACGACCUCCAAUACAAAAUGGUGGCAUGAGACAAGAAUCCCCAAUGAGGCUGACAGAUAGUCGACGAUCUUCCCAAUCAUCUACAGCAGACACUAUAAAAAGUAUUAACGAAAAAUUAAAACAAGAACUUUAUGACAUAGAGGGACAAAUUAACCAUCAUCACCUUGUGAAUACUCGGACAAGGUCAAUAUAUGGCUCACAGACAUCCAUGCGUUCUGUACACCGAUGACCACAACUGUGAUAUUAACCAAGCACAUUACAGCAAUCAUAAACUCGGUGUAAUCAUGUGACAGGAUUUCAGUCAAUUGAUUGGAUAUUACACUUGUCAGGUGAUAUAAUCCAAAGAAGUUCAUUGGAUGUAUAAAAAUAAUCAUGUGAUAAAAAGUGAAGAUUUGAUUUGAUACUGAACUGAAUGUUCUAUGCAAAUUAUUCACAGAAAUGAACAGGAAAAAUUUGCACAUUUUAUUGAUGGUACUAUUGCAUUUUAUAUUUAUCUGAAAUACAAUUGGAUAUAAUAUGCCAGCCGUGUGAUAUUUUUCGAAACCAUUAUCAUGGAUUGAACAAUGUGAUAAGAAUUCAGAGAUGGGUUGCCGCCCUGUAAGUUCUAAGUGCUUUGUUUAUAGAAAGAUUCAGUUUUUCUACCAAUGAGAACGGAAAGAUCGAAAUUUGUGUGCAUGUAUGAAAAAUAUUUUGUGUUUUUAUAAUUGUCUGCUAUUUAUUAAAUUUUCUUUUGUCUGUUUAUCAUUUUGAAGUAAAUAUGUUUAGUGUUUAAUGUUUCGAAAAAAGAAAAAAGUUUAACUGAAUGUCAGACCCCAAAACAAUUAUAAUAUAUGUUAUACUCCAAUUUUGAGUUUGUCUCCUAUUUAAGAAAAUUAAAGAUUUUCUGCUUGAUCUGUUAAUGAAAACCACAAAUUACCCAAUCAAAUGCAUAUUUGCCAAUCUUUUAUGAUUACUAAGUUUGAAACCAUUAUAAAAAAAUCCACCCACUAAUUAUUUAUCACCAACUUCAAAAUUGAAAUCCAUUAACAUAUUAUCAGACAAAUUAUUUUUCCUGUACCAUAAUAAUGUGUAUUGAUGAUGCAAGAUGGUAAAAUCUGCAUUUCUAUGACCACAAGGGAGGGGGGAUAGGACCCUUCCUAUCCCCCCUCACAAGGGACUAUGACAAGUAAGAUGAAGGAACAUUUUUCAUUCAGUUCCCUCAAUAGUUCUGUUAUUGUAAUUUUUAUAUACAUAUAUAUAUUUUUUGAAUUUGUCUUUCAAAAAAUCUUGUAUUGUUUUGUAUUUAUUUGACAAAAGAAGGAAAUUUCGUAACUUAAUACAUUUUGCAUUGUAAUCCGUCCAUUUUAAAUUGUCCAUUUUAAAAGGUCAGUUUUAUAUAUCAGAUAUGCCGUCCCUUUUACCUGUAAUAAUAAGAAAUGAGCAGUGAUCAUUACAAUUUUUUUUGGAAUGCAAGGUCAAGUAAGCAUGAUUAACAUAUUUUUUAUUGCAUAACAAAUAUUUCAUAAAUGAUUUAUGAAGAGAAGAGAAGAUAUAUAGUUCCUGAAAUAUGUUAUAUAUUGAUGAUUUUAUAACUGCUACACAUUUUGUGUUGAAAUAAAACUUAUCCUCUGAUUAUAAAUGAAUUUAUCAUAGCAAAGAACACUGCUUCUUACAUUUGACCUCACCAUUGAGCAAAAGAUAGAAGAGAAGAUAUAUAGAUCUUCACUAAUUACAAAAAAUAUGGCAAAACUCAAAAACUCAUCGAAUAUUUCUGCAAAACAAUGAUAAUUCAUUUACUACAAAUUACAAGUAUAGAUAAAUAUUUUAUUUGCAUGUCAUACAUUAAACUUUUCGAAAAUAUUUCAAGCUUUCAUAGUAAUUUUCUGUGUUUAAUAAUGAAUAAAACGUUUCAUUAUUACAUUAUAUUGACCAGCUCUAACAGCUCAUAUAUGACAUACUUUCCCAACAUAUUUGUAUCAUCUCCAACAGAACAUAAUUUUUAUAACAGGGGGGUAUUGUAACGUUAUGAAAAAACAAACUGAAGUGGUGAACCUGGUUACAUUUGAACCAUUCUAUUGUUGCAUGUAUGUAUUUGUUAGGAUUUUGAAAUCCAGAAUUUUAUAGAUUUAUUGUUAUAUUUUUUGUUAUAAAGAGAAAACUAUUUAUUAUGUCAUUGUUGAUAUUUCAUAAAUCAUAACCAAGUAAAACUGUGAUAAAAAUAAUUUAAAUUCUGCUUUAUCUUGCUUAUUUAUGAAAAUAGUGAUGCUUAUCUGGUGCGUUAAUGUCUCUUAGAUCUCAAAGACAUGUGAAAUGUAUCAUAACCUAGACUUACACCAUGUUCACUGUUUCCUUUGAAAAAUGAUUUCUUUCUGCUUUUUGACUGGUUUUAUAUCAGUCAUAGGUUUUUGCUGUCAAACUGUACCCAUUUUAAUCAAUUGUUUACAUAUAGGUAAUAGUUAAUAUAAUGGAAGGUUUGACUACUGAGCCGAUGAUAACUGUAGAAAUUUGAGUCAUUUCCAACAUUGGAAUUGAUUAUAUGCUAGUAAAGUAAAACAAUGCUUAAA